GGGGGAGUUGUGUGACACUCUGCCUGCGCUACAGAUGCUGCACGGACGCACCGCGACAAGACUGAUGUUGUGAAAGCAUCAACGGAAAAUGCACUGGUUAAUUAAGAUGGCCAGUUUUGCAAGUCACACUUGUGGAAUAUUCCUGGAACACGGCGAAAAGACUUCUUUACCCUUCUGGGACUAGGAACGGCGUUGUGCAUGCUCCUCUUUGCCCGGAACAAGCCUGCAGAUUUUGGUCCCGUCACACACUUGCUGAGAUGGAUACAUUCUACAUAGUAAUUGAAUUAGUAAUUGCUGUUCUGUCCAUAUCCGGUAACGUACUGGUGUGCUGGGCCGUGGCAAUCAACACCACUUUGAAAAACGCGACCAACUACUUUCUGGUGUCUCUGGCUGUGGCAGACAUCCUGGUCGGCUGCCUCGCCAUUCCCUUUGCCAUAACCAUAAGCGUCGGCAUCUUUUUGGACUUCUAUGGAUGUCUCUUCCUGGCCUGUUUUGUCUUGGUACUGACUCAAAGCUCCAUUUUUAGCCUUCUUGCCAUCGCAAUUGAUAGAUAUUUGGCCGUCAAAAUCCCCCUGAGGUACAAGGAGCUGAUGACGGGAAAGAGAGCCAGAGAGAUCAUUGCUAUCUUAUGGAUCCUGUCCUUUGUUAUUGGCCUUAUCCCGUUCUUGGGCUGGAACCGGAAGAAAGACGCCUGUGGUCAUCGGCCAGACAACAGCAGCUCUGAGCAGGACAACACCACCACCCACGCUGGCCUGAUUGAAGGGCCGGGUGCUGGAGGAUAUUUACUACAGAGCUGCAAGCUCACCUGUCUCUUUGAGAGCGUGGUGGACAUGCAAUACAUGGUCUACUUUAAUUUCUUUGUCUGUGUGCUGCUGCCGCUGCUCAUCAUGCUGGGCAUCUACAUAAAGAUCUUCACUGUGGCCAGGAAGCAGCUCAGACAGAUUGAGCUCAAGUGUGUGGGCAAUGGGGACAGCCACCACCACGGGCUGCUGCAGCGGGAGGUCCGGGCCGCCAAGUCCCUCUCCAUCAUCGUGGGCCUGUUCGUCGUCUGCUGGCUGCCUGUCCACAUCCUCAACUGCCUCACGCUGUUUUACAAGCAGCUGGAAAAACCGGCCGUCGUCAUGUACGUGGCCAUCAUACUGUCUCAUGCCAACUCGGCGGUCAACCCCGUCAUCUACGCCUAUCGCAUCCAGGACUUUAGGAACACCUUCCGCAAGAUCCUGGCCCAGCACUUCCUGUGUCACCGGGAGGAUCUGUACCUCAGUUCCAAUGGCACCAGGCGCAACAGGGACCAGAUCCACAUGACUAUUGACCCUCUGCUAUAGAGAGAGCUGGGACACUUUGCUCCUGUUGUCUGCAAACACUAUCUGUGUUUCACUUUAUUUUCACUGAGGUUUAAAAUGUUUACAGAACAAGGGUAUGAUAUGUGAAGAUGAACCGAUUUCAAACAUGCCUUGAAUGUGGCCAUUUAUUUAUGAAUUGUGCUGAGUAUCAGGGGUCUAGCAGUGAAAUGCGGCCAAGUCUUACCUAAUUUUUGUAUUGUGAAGGACUUUUUUUUUUUUUUUUAAUUGUUGAAGCUAACUGGAUUUGCAGGACUGUGAAUAGGAUCCAUGAGUGAAUCUGCUACAUUGCUAUGUUCAGAAAUGCUAUUUAUCAUUCUGAAUCCAGUGCAACCUAUUGUAAGUCAAAACACUCCUUUUUUGUGCCCUAAUUGUUGUCAACAUUUUCCACUGUUUAAUAAUUUAUUUAUUAUAGUAUCAUAAAGUUAAGAAUGUAAAUGUCAAAUAACUGUGUGGACUAAAUCUGUAUGAGAACCUAGAAAGGUACAAUAGUCAUAGCCUACAGUACUAUGAAUAUAAAUGACUGUGGCACUGUUGUUUUGUAACGAAGAGGAAGGGAGGAGAUUUUGUGACUACUAGAUGAAGUAAUAAGAAACGACCAAUGAGCUAUCAGAAGGUCACAUAGAUCCAGGCCUGAGAAGCUGUUCGACGCAUGGUGGUGCUCCGUAUCAUUUCUGUGCUAACAUUUACUUUUCGAGACAAAGCUCAGGAAGUGUGAAACUGACUGACUGUGCCGUGUAGUAAAGAAAAAAAAAAUAGUCUACGCAGGAUAUUUUGAGCUAAACCUGGACGCAAGAGAUGACAAACAUGAGCCAUUAACAUCAAUUAAUACUAAAAUUUGAUAGUUAAAGGAAUACUCCAACAUUUUCAGCAAAAUAACCCUUUUUUUCCAGCUUACCCAGACUGAUACAAGAUGUUCAAUACCAUUUUCACCUUUGUACGUCUACUGGUUCGUUCCUAUGGGUAGCAUUUCAUGGUAGCUUAGCAUAAAGACUUGAAGUCUAUGGGAAUCAUUAGCAUUGGGAUUUAAAAAAAAUUCUUCAGCGUGCACAGAUCACUGUGACAGACGUAAGGAUAAAUCCUUAAAAAUAUAUAUAUAUACAUACCAAGACAUGUAUUUCAAAUACACGAUACACUGUGUAAAUACCACAACUUUUCAGAUGCUGUAAGAUUUACUUUUUUUCUUCAUUUUUUACGGAGCUAGGCUAAAAACUCCCAUAGACUUUAAGUCUUUAUGCUAAGCUAAUAUGAAACAAUAUAUAUGAAAUGAAGCACUGGAUGCACGGAGGUGAAAAUGGUAUGAAACAUCUUGUCUCUGUCUGUCAGUCAGGGAAACAAAAGUCGGAAAAAGGGGUAUUUUGCCCAAAACAUUGGAAUAUUGCUUUUAUUCCUUUAAUUGAGUUCAGAUGCCUUCUGUGUGAAUGUCACUGUGCACCGCUGACUUGCCUUAGGUGCGCAGUUGACAACCCCACCCCCCAAUCAUCGCAUGGGCUCAGCUGGGAUCCUGAGACUCUCAUUUGGUCCACUAAUGCAGACCUCCAGGCCACUGCUCUUAAUGACUGAGCUGGGACAAUCUGUCGCAUACGAGAGAUCAACACAAGGAGAGUUGAAGGCUGAGGCAUCUGAAACAUACUGCACUGAUUUCACUUCACCCCUGUGAACUAAGCGGUUCACAGAGCGUCAAGGCCAUGCUUCCUUCAUAACGUAUUUCACACUUGUAUUUCUAAAGCGACAGUACAGCAUGUUGAUCAGCGACAAGGCUGCUCUCCGCCGUGUCAAAGCCUAAAGCACCUGGCACUCUCUCACUUGUUUGCUGGGGUGUGGUGGUUUGCAUUGUUGCAUUGUGCUUGUUCCUGUCAAGCCUUUGAAACGGCUGAGUUAUUGCCUCUCCAUUGAAGACGGGGGAGAGAACUGUACAUCACAAAAUAGAUCUUUGUGACUUUAUUCUGACAAGCCGUGUCUUUGCUUUGAGCACCGCCGUCUAUCUGCAAAAAGAAAAGAAAAAACUGAGGUGGCUUUUGAAAAUGAAUCACAUUGCACUGACAUUUUUACAGUUGUUAGCUUCCAGUUGGUGUGCUUCAUCGGUGUUGGUGGUGAACUUUGUGUUGGUGUUUCACAAGUGUUCUUAACAGCAAGUCGCGCACUUGCUCCUACUACUUCAGUAUCCCCCACCCCCCCCCACCCUUUGCCAUUGUGUACAGUAAACCACCUCUGACUAACUUCAAGGGCUAAAA